UUCUUUGAAUUCACAGUCCAGAGUGAUGAAUCAGAUAGCUGGAUCUCGAAGAAGGGGACUGCGCCUCCGGUGAGCAGCGAGAGGAGGGAAAUGAGAGGUUUUGAUUUGUUUAAUAGAGAGGGGAUGAAUGGAAAUAGGGUGGAUUCUGAUAGUUGGGGGAAGAAUAGGGAAGAUAAUGGUGGAAGCGGGAGGCCGAGGCUCGUGCUUCAGCCGAGAACUCUGCCGGUGGUUAAUGGGUGUAAUGGGGAGGAGAAGAAGGAGAUAGAGUCAAAGAGGGAGGAGAGGAAGGAGAUAGACACAAAGAUUAAAGGGGCGAAUCCUUUUGGAGAGGCGAGGCCGAGGGAGGAGGUUUUGAAGGAGAAGGGGAAGGAUUGGAAGGAAAUUGAUGAGAAACUUGAGGCUGUGAAACUUCGGGAAGGGGGAAAUCCUGCUGGAAGAAAAGGGUUUGAGGUGGGGAACGGGUUGAAGGAGGAUCGAACUGAGAGGGCUUGGAGGACGCCAGAAGCCAGUGAUGAGACCCCACCAACAAGGGUUGAAUCUGUGGAGGAGCAAUUGCCUGAAAACUGAGAUCCCUACAAAUGACAGACGAACAAUGAGCCUCAGUGAAAGCAAUUCAAGCAAAUGAUGGAAGAUUCUAUUAAUUAUGGUUUUGAUUACUCCAAUGUCAAUUUUGUGCUGGUGUUCUCACAGGAUAUCUGUGGUUUACUUAUUGAGUUAGUUUUGUUAGAUUAAUUUCAUAAUUUGUAGACAUAACAAAAGCAACUUGCACUUUUUUCCCCAUGUGUUUUGACAUUUUGUUCCGUCAUUUUGUACUACAACAUUUUUUUAAUUUCUGUGAUAAUUAUUUGGAACAAAUUUGUGCUGA